AUGCGAGCGGUGCUGUGGCGCGGUGAUCCAGAUCCGUCCAAGAUGAAGGUGGAAAUGAUUCAAAAGCCUAGCCCGAAGAAGGGAGAAGUCUUGGUGAAAGUACGUGCAUGCGGCGUUUGCCACACGGAUCUUCAUUGCAUCAAGAAGGAUUUGCCGUUUCCGUCCCCGGCGGUCUUUGGACAUGAGAUUAGUGGAACCGUGGUGGCACACGGUGACGGUGUGGAUAUAUCACGCUUACCUUUGGGAGGUAAAGUGGCUUGCACUUUCAUCAUGCCCUGCGGGUCCUGCUUUCACUGUGAAAGAGGCGAGGAGGAUACCUGUGCCCCAUUCUUUGCGUUGAACCGUUUGAAGGGUCAGCUCUAUGAUGGCAGCACCCGGCUUUAUUCAACAGAUGGUCAGCCGAUCGCCAUGUACUCCUUCGCCGGGCUGGCGGAGUAUGCCGUGGUCCCCCAGACCGCCGUCUUCGAAUUGCCCAGCACUUUGGCCGAGAAGCACUUUCCGGAGGCGUCGCUCUUGGGCUGUGCCUUCUUCACUGCCAUGGGCGCCAUCCGCAACGCUGCAGAGCUGCGCGCGGGGCAAUCGACAGUGAUCAUCGGCGCUGGAGGAGUUGGGCAAGGCAUCAUUCAACUGGCUAAGCACUUGGGUGCUGGACCGAUCAUUGCAGUGGAUAUCAGUGACAAGGCAUUGGACAUGGCGGCCACCUUGGGGGCAGAUCAUUGCAUCAAUGCCCGCAAGGAGGAUGUGCUGGAGCGCAUCGCGGCAGUGACCGAGGGCCACAAGGCGGAUGUGUGUUUGGAGGUGAUCGGAUCCAAAGCGACCUUUGAACAGGCGCUCCUGUCGGUGCGCGACGGCGGCCGUGCCUGCUACGUGGGCAUCGCCGCGGCCACGACCAAGGCGGAGGUGCCCAUCACACAUCUGGUGCGACGAAGGAUCAGCCUGGUGGGCUCCUAUGGUGCUCGUGCCUCCCAAGACAUGCCGGAGCUCCUUUCGAUCGCCGCACAGGGCGGGGUGGAUCUCCCCUCGGCCGUGACCCGGCGCUUCACCAUGGACCAGGAGCCGAGAACAGCCAGUGUGUUGUUUUUGUUUGUCGUUUUACUGUUUUUUUUGAACAGACAUUGUGGUAUGUUUGUUAGCGUUUAUUUGUCCCUAUAUUAA